GAGGGGAAGAAUACGGCGCCCCCUCUUCCUUCCUCUCCCCCCUACUUUAGCCCUCCGCGCACUUCGCCUCCAAGUCUUCGCGCAGCCAGGAGCCCCUGCCGCCUCCGCGCCCCUGCGCGCUUGCCCCCCGAGCCAAACACAGCAAGCGCCGCCGCCCAGGCCCCCCCGCGGGGCCGGGGCCGGGGGCCAGCAUGGAGCACCUGGGCCCGCACCAUCUCCACCCGGGCCAUGCGGAGCCCAUCAGCUUCGGCAUCGACCAGAUUCUCAACAGCCCGGACCAAGGCGGCUGCAUGGGGCCCACCUCGCGCCUCCAGGACGGAGAAUACGGCCUUGGCUGUUUGGUUGGAGGCGCCUACGCUUACGGCGGCGGGGGCCCCGCGUCCGGGGCGGGGGCCGGGGGCGCGGGAGCCUAUGGUGCUGGAGGUCCGAGCGGCCCUGGUGGCCCGGCGAGCAGCGGCGGCGGCGGCGCCUGCAGCAUGGGCCCGCUGGCUGGCUCCUACAACGUGAACAUGGCCUUGGCGGGCGGCCCCGGUCCCGGCGGCGGCGGCGGGGGCGGCGGCGGCAGCGGCGGCGGCGGCGGGGGGGCCCUGAGCGCUGCGGGGGUGAUCCGGGUGCCGGCGCAUAGGCCGCUAGCCGGAGCGGUGGCCCACCCUCAGCCUCUGGCUACUGGCUUGCCCACCGUGCCCUCCGUGCCUGCGGUGCCGGGUGUCAACAACCUCACCGGCCUCACCUUUCCCUGGAUGGAGAGUAACCGCAGAUACACAAAGGACAGGUUCACAGUGGCCCUCUCACCCUUCACUGUAACACGCCGUAUAGGUCACCCCUAUCAGAACCGGACGCCCCCCAAGAAGAAGAAGCCGCGCACGUCCUUCACGCGCCUGCAGAUCUGCGAGCUGGAAAAGCGCUUCCACCGCCAGAAGUACCUGGCCUCGGCCGAGCGCGCCGCCCUGGCCAAGGCGCUCAAAAUGACCGACGCGCAGGUCAAAACCUGGUUCCAGAACCGGCGGACGAAGUGGAGGCGGCAGACCGCCGAGGAGCGUGAGGCAGAGAGGCAGCAGGCGAACCGCAUCCUCCUGCAGCUGCAGCAAGAGGCCUUCCAGAAGAGUCUGGCGCAGCCCUUGCCCGCCGACCCGCUGUGUGUGCACAACUCUUCACUCUUCGCCCUGCAAAACCUGCAGCCAUGGUCCGACGACUCCACCAAGAUCACCAGCGUCACGUCGGUGGCUUCGGCCUGCGAGUGAGCCUGCCUGCCCCACCCCACAGGAACCCGGGUCCAGCCAAGGGGUCGCUGAGGCUGAGACCCAGGACUCUCUCCCCCUCCCGCUUCAGACUGCACGCGGGAGGGGAACGCGGCGCCCCUCCGCACUGGCGUGGGCGCUCCUGCCCACCUUGUUUCCUCUUUGAUGGAGGAAGAAAAGAGCGCAGGGACGGGUACCUCCUUCCAGACGCCUAAGUGGUCCCACGCCCUCUGGAACUGUUCAGAGUCCUUUCAGUUUGCGUCUAUUUUAUUUUAUUCUGAUUUUUAACGUGGGAUUGAGAGAGGCAGAGGAGGUGGGGGAAGAAGAGCUCCUGAGGUCCUCAGAGGAGAGCAUGGGCUGUCAUUUGAACUUGCUCUGGGGAGUACCCCUCUGUAUCCCACUCCCCACCACACUUGACACCCCAAGGUCCUCCCAAAGGUGACUUCACCGUUCCUCCUGGUGUCACCCACAGUCAAACACAGAGGACCUGUGGCAGAGUGUCAUGCACACGUGGGGCCAUAGCCUUCACACCCUUAACCCUCACUAUCAGGCAUAAGCUAGGGGCGACCCAGCUUCGUUGUCAACAGCAUGGCACUUCUCACAAACACAAGGCUAUGGCCGCACUGUGACACACUAUCCCACACACAACAACGCCACAACCUGCCAGGCCCCCAUCACACGUCCUAGCUGCACCCAGGUACGCACAAGCAGGUUUCACACAAACUCAGCCUCUUUCUCCAGAUCCUGUUCAUAGGGGAGCUUAAGUUAUGCACUUAUAAGGUGUUUUCUGUGUAACCAUUUUAUAAAGUGCUUGUGUAAUUUAUGUGAAAAAAAAAAUAAAACCCUCCAGAUCCGGA